AUGUCAUUCGCAUCGGACGCUGUUCCGUCAGACUGUGCAGUGGCCACCACUGUGCUCGGCUCUUCCGCGUCGUUCAACAUCCCAUCUGGUAUCAACACCCCACUUCUCUCGAACGCGAAGAUGCUGUCUCUGCCGCCGACGGACCUAUUCUACCCGAACACCAUUAAUAACAUGAACAAUUCUGACGCCUUGGUCUCGGUGAUCCCAUCUCCUCUUCCAAGCGCCGACUUGUCGUCGAUACCUGCAUCCUCCGAUGCAUUUGAUUUUGCAACAGCCGCUGUUGGGACAUCUGACAUGGCAUCGUUUGCCUUCGAGUUCAACGGUAUGUCACCCAAUUCAUCAAUGAACUUCAACUUUGAUCCCGCCGCUUUCAUUUGUUUCUCGCCCGGCCCCUUCAUCGAUGUUGAUGAGGGAGGGCUUCCGACUGCUGCCACGGGUCAGGAAGGAGAUGUAGACCCGUGCACAGGGGUGCAUUUAUCGUUUGCUUAA